CGUCUCAUAAACUUGAACUACACUCUCUUCUUCUCUUUGACAAAAGAAGAAAAGAAACAAAAAUGGCAAGUUUAGAGGAAGAUGAGUUGGUACAAAUGGUACAUGACUUUAUAGAGUCUGAUCAUUCACCUAACUCACCUACAACUUUCAUCACUUCCUCUAAUCAUCACCACCCUUUACACAACCGAACACAAUUGUUUAUCUUGCAGGAUAUUUUAAGGAGUGAAGUGGCUUUAGAAGAAGCUAAGGUUAUGAAAUAUGUGAUGAAGCUUAUGAGAGGUAGACAUGGUUCUGAGAAGACAACAAUUCUUAGUAGAUGGAUUGUUAAGAGAAUGAGAAAAGAUGGUUUUAAUGCUUCUCUCUAUCAAACUUCUUGGUCCACUUCCUUAGGAUGUCCUGCUGGUGAAUAUGAAUAUAUUGAAGUCAUGAUUGAAGAUGAGAACAACAUUGAUGGUGAUCCUAUGAGGCUUAUUAUAGACAUAGACUUUAGGUCACAAUUUGAACUAGCAAGACCAACAGACCACUACAAAGAAUUAACAGACUCACUACCAAUAAUCUAUAUUGGAACAGAAAACAAAUUAUGCAAGAUAAUCUCUUUGUUAUGUUCUGCAGCCAAACAGUCCCUAAGAGAAAAGGGUCUACACAUACCACCAUGGAGAACAACAACAUACAUGCAAUCGAAAUGGCUCUCUAUGUGUCAUAAAGAGCAUAAUCCUGUUGGUAAUGGUGUUGGAAUUGGAGAGAAUAGUAUUGUUGGAAAUAGUAAGAGGGUAAAGAAAAGUGAUUUGGGUGGUGAAUCUGGAUUGUCUAGUCAAUUUUCUAACAUGAGGAUUAAUUGUUGCUAGCUAUUACUACUAUGCUAGCUGAUGAGGACUUCUCAAUUUUGGCCUUUUAUAAUUGAUUUGGAGCUCAAUAAACAUUGCAUUAUAUAAGUAUGAAAUUUUGUAUUUUUACACUUAUGCAAGUGUAUUCUAAUAAAUAUAUAGUAGUUGUGUUUUUGAGAUCAAAUAGUGUUUGUUUAAUUAAUAUACUUUUUUAAGCAAGUUUAA